AUGGCACUCAUCGCAGUCGCCCCUACCUCGAACACUGAAUUCCUUACAAACCUCGAGACAUCCGUUGUCUCUCCACAACCCAAUACUCUUCAUGACGUGAUAGCUCAAGCUGUCGACCGUUAUCCAUUGCACGAGCUCGGUUUCAUAACCUCCUCGGCACAUGACUCCUCCAUCCAGACAAAGACCUUCAGCGCAUUCAACCAAUAUGUUCGCAACCUUGCACGUACCAUGCUUGAGUGGGGCAAACCCACAGGCUCAGUCAUCAUCGUGUACCUGACGGAGCACGAAGACAACAUGGCUGCGGUAUGGUCAUGUCUGCUGGCCGGCUAUGUGCCUUGCUUGCAGCCUGCACUUAGCGCGCAACAGACGCAUAAGGAAGGCCAUGUCGCCCACAUCAAGAACCUAUUUGAGUCUGCUAUUUGGUUGACCAGCGAGAUAGGUGCUGAGCAGAUCAGCACUAUCUCUGGUCUGGAUGUCCACCUACUCUCUGAAUUAAAAGCAUCGGUGGACAAAUUUUCUGUCGCACCUGACUGGGUUGCACACGAGGCUAAGCCGGACGACGAUGCGAUUCUGUUCUUGACCUCAGGGUCAACUGGAUUCUCGAAGGCGGUCGUUCACACGCACCGUACGAUCCUUUCUGCAUGUCGUGCCAAGGGUCAAAGCUACAGCCUGACUUCCGAAUCUCGAGUUUUGAACUGGGUCGGAUUUGAUCACGUCGCGGGAUCGUUGGAAAUGCAUAUCACACCUCUGUUAUAUGGUGCUUCGCAACUCCACGUUCACGCAGCCGCUAUCCUUGCUGACCCCCUUCGGCUGCUCCGUCUCAUUGAUGAAAAGUCCAUCGAAUUAGCAUUCGCCCCAAAUUUCCUGCUCUCCAAGUUAACUCGUGAUCUGGAGAAACACACCGACCUCUUUGGAUGCUUCGACUUAUCCUCGAUCAGACGUAUCAACAGCGGAGGCGAAGCGACGGCUUCCAAGACCGCGCAAGCCUUCGCUGUUAUGAUGAAAAAGUUUGGCAAGAACCCCUCCGCUGUAUCGUUCGACAUCUCUCCUGGGUUUGGAAUGACAGAAACAUGCGCCGGAUGCAUUUAUCAUCCUGUGGAUGUCCUCACAACCGAGCCUGCUCACGAGUUCCUUGAACUCGGGAGACACAUCAAUGGUUGUGAGAUGCGCAUCGUUGACCCUGCAGAUGACAUUACUCUGCGCCCAGAUGGAGAGAGUGGAGAACUCCAGGUUCGUGGACCGAUGGUCUUUGUACGGUACUACAACAACGCCGAGGCUACGACCUCCAGCUUUGUUGAAGGCGGCUGGUACCGCACCGGCGAUGUUGGCAUCAUCGAGAAUGGUGUCAUGCGCCUGAGCGGCCGUAUCAAGGAUACACUCAUCGUCCAUGGUGUCUCGUAUGGUAUCCCCGAGCUCGACACCUACCUGCAGACCGCUGACGGGGUCACGAACUCGUUCCUCGCUACCGUUCCAUACCGCGCUCCUGGCCAGGAAACUGAAGGUUUCAUCAUUUUCUACUCACCAACUUUCGACCUCGACGAAGUAGAUGCCUCUGCGAAGCUCUUAGCCACGCACCGGGCUCUGCGGGAUAUCUCUGUGAAGAUGAUCACCCUGCCACCUCAGAUCGUCAUCCCCAUCCCUGUGAACCAGAUGGAGAGGACCACUCUCGGUAAACUGUCUCGUGCGCGUCUGAUUAGUCUUUUCACGCAAGGGCAGUUUGCGACGCACAUCGCGCGCGCUGAAGAGCUUCUCAGUCAAGCACGAGGCGUUUCCUUCGUCGCCGCGUCCACCGAGACGGAAAAGGCACUUGCCAAAAUAUAUGCAGGCAUAUUCAACCUCGCGGACAGCGAGGUAUCAGCGAGCGACAACUUCUUCGAGAUUGGUGGGACUUCCAUUGAUGCCAUCCGCCUCAAGCGCGAAGGAGAGGAACACUUCGGCGUACCUGACAUCUCUGCCAUUCAAAUCCUCAAGAACCCCGUUCUCUCGAGCCUGGCGAAAUACGUCGACUCCUUACUCUCCAAAGGGACACAGACUGAAGAGUACGAUCCCAUCGUUCCCCUUCAGCUUAGUGGAAAUAAGACGCCAAUUUUCUUCCGUCCCUUCUAUGCUUUCCGUGCUCGUGGCUUCGAUGCGGGCCACCCUUACUUCACCUCCAUGGAUGAGAUGGCUUCCUGUUAUGCCGCAGCGAUCAAGAAGACUCAGGCAACGGGACCAUACGCUAUUGCAGGCUACAGUUACGGCGGUGUUGUUGCAUUUGAAGUUGCAAAGCGUCUCGAGGCCAUGGGUGAUGAAGUGAAGUUCGUGGGUCUCGUCAACAUCCCCCCUCAUAUCGCCCCUCGCAUGAGAGAGAUUGAUUGGACCUCCGGCAUGCUCCACUUGUCGUCCUUCCUUGGUCUCGUGGCAAAACACGAUGCUGAUGAUCUGGCUCCUCCGCUGAGACCCCUUACGAAGCAGGAGCAGCUCGAGUUUGUGUGGAAGAUGGCCCCUCCUGAACGAAUUGUUGAGCUCCAGCUGACGCUCGAGAAGCUUGAUAAAUGGGUAGACCUAGCUGGGUCUCUCAUCGAUUGCGGACUAGACUAUAACCCAUCAGGCUCAGUUGCCGCACUCGACGUUUUCUAUGCCAUUCCCUUUGCUGGAACCAAGGCUGACUGGCUGAACAACCAGCUCAAGCCAUGGUCUGGCUACAGCCGCGGCGAGGCAUCAUAUACUGAUGUGCCUGGGGAACAUCACACGCUCAUGGACCUUGAGCACGUCUCGCAGUUCCAAAAGAUCUUCCGCAGUCGUCUCGAAGCUCGUGGUUUGUAGGGAGGUUUGGAGGAGCAAAUUAUGAUUAGAUCUUGUCUUGUUUCGAUGAUUUUUCUAUACUUAGAAUCCCUGACUUUCAUA